GCCGCGGAUGGAUGCUGCGGGAAGGGGCUGCCAUUUGCUGCCCCAGCCAGCGGCGCGCUGACCUGCCUAUUCUCCUGCAGUCGCUGCCGCCUGGCCCUGGCCCCGUUGCUUGCAAUCACUCCAACCCAGCUCGGUCCGUGGUCCCUGGGUUCGCUGACAUGAACACUAGCUCAGGGAGCGGAGAGGAGAAAGGGGCUGCCGGCAGCAGCAGCAGCGGAAGCGGCGGCGGCGGCGGUGGCGGGAGCUGCUGCCGCGGAGCCGAGGGCGGUGUACCGGACACGCGGAGCGCAGGAGCUGGAACAGCGGCGGCGGCGGCGGCGACUGCUGCAGCAGUUGCCCUGGAGGAGCCUCAGGCAGCCGGUCUGAAAGAGAAGGAUGAGGCUCUGGAGGAGAAGCUGAGAAACUUAACUUUCCGGAAGCAGGUCUCUUACAGGAAGGCAAUCUCUCGGUCAGGCCUCCAGCAUUUGGCUCCAGUGCAUUCCCUCAGCCUACCCAUUGCCAAUGGUCCAGCGAAGGAACCCAGAGCAACACUAGACUGGAGCGAGAAUGCUGUGAAUGGAGAACACCUGUGGCUGGAGACGAAUGUCUCAGGAGACCUGUGUUACCUCGGGGAGGAAAACUGUCAAGUCAAGUUUGCAAAAUCAGCUCUCAGGAGGAAGUGUGCAGUCUGUAAAAUUGUGGUCCACACCGCCUGUAUGGAGCAGCUAGAAAAGAUUAAUUUCAGAUGCAAACCAACUUUCCGAGAAGGAGGCUCAAGAUCUCCAAGAGAAAAUUUUGUCCGUCAUCAUUGGGUACACAGACGGCGACAGGAGGGAAAAUGUAAGCAGUGUGGUAAGGGAUUCCAGCAGAAAUUCUCCUUUCAUAGUAAAGAGAUUGUGGCCAUCAGCUGUUCUUGGUGUAAGCAGGCGUUUCACAACAAGGUUACCUGCUUCAUGAUGCACCACAUUGAGGAGCCAUGUUCCCUGGGGGCUCAUGCUGCUGUCAUUGUCCCACCUACCUGGAUCAUUAAGGUGAAGAAACCUCAGAAUUCAUUAAAGGCUUCAAAUCGGAAGAAGAAGAGGACAAGCUUUAAAAGGAAAGCCAGCAAAAAAGGAACUGAACUGGAAAAUAAAGGCCGGCCAUUUGUGAUCAAACCCAUCUCCUCUCCACUCAUGAAACCGCUGCUCAUAUUUGUGAAUCCCAAGAGUGGAGGCAACCAGGGGACCAAAAUUCUCCAGAUGUUCAUGUGGUAUCUGAAUCCACGACAGGUCUUUGAUCUUUCUCAGGAAGGGCCAAGAGAUGCGCUUGAGCUGUAUAGAAAAGUGCCGAAUCUUCGAAUCCUGGCCUGUGGUGGAGAUGGAACGGUCGGUUGGAUCCUUUCCAUCCUUGAUGAACUUCAACUCAGCCCUCAGCCUCCUGUUGGGGUUCUUCCUCUGGGUACAGGGAAUGACCUGGCUCGAACUCUCAACUGGGGAGGGGGUUACACGGAUGAACCUGUUUCCAAGAUACUGUGCCAUGUGGAAGAUGGAACUAUUGUACAGCUGGAUCGAUGGAAUCUGCAUGUAGAAAGAAACCCUGAUUUACCCCCCGAAGAACUUGAAGAUGGUGUAUGCAAGCUUCCCCUAAAUGUUUUCAAUAAUUACUUCAGCCUUGGAUUUGAUGCUCAUGUUACACUGGAAUUCCAUGAAUCCCGAGAAGCAAAUCCAGAGAAAUUCAACAGUCGCUUUAGAAAUAAAAUGUUUUAUGCAGGGGCAGCCUUUUCUGACUUCCUACAGAGAAGCUCCAGGGAUUUAUCCAAACAUGUCAAGGUUGUGUGCGAUGGAACAGACCUCACCCCCAAAAUUCAGGAGCUGAAGUUCCAAUGUAUAGUGUUUUUAAAUAUACCCAGGUAUUGUGCAGGCACAAUGCCUUGGGGAAAUCCAGGAGAUCAUCUGGAUUUUGAACCUCAGCGCCAUGAUGAUGGCUAUAUUGAGGUUAUUGGGUUUACCAUGGCUUCUUUGGCUGCUCUGCAAGUUGGAGGCCAUGGAGAAAGGCUGCACCAGUGCCGGGAGGUAAUGCUAUUAACAUAUAAAUCCAUCCCCAUGCAAGUGGACGGAGAGCCCUGUAAGUUGGCCCCUGCCCUGAUUCGGAUAUCCCUGAGAAAUCAGGCCAACAUGGUGCAGAAGAGCAAGAGGAGAACAUCCAUGCCUUUACUUAAUGAUAUCCAUAAGGUGCAAACCACUGACCUGAGGAGAGUUUCUGCUCCCCCUGGCUCCUUCACCAUUCCCCACUCUGUCCCAGACCGCCUGCGGAUCCGAGUGAACAGAAUUAGUUUACAAGACUAUGAAGGCUUUCACUAUGACAAAGAAAAGCUCCGGGAAGCUUCUAUACCUCUGGGUAUUCUAGUUGUUCGAGGAGACUGCGAUUUGGAAACUUGUCGUAUGUACAUUGACCGCCUACAGGAGGACCUGCAGUCAGUUCCUUCUACUACCCAGAGAGUUCAUUACCAGGAUCAGGAAACCUCUUUCCCCAGGGCUCUUUCAGCUCAGAGACUUUCCCCCAGGUGGUGCUUCCUAGAUGCUACUUCUGCUGAUCGCUUUUAUCGAAUAGACAGAGCUCAGGAACAUUUGCACUUUGUGAUGGAAAUUUCUCAAGAUGAGAUUUUUAUCCUGGAUCCAGAUAUGGUGGUAUCGCAGCAAGCAGGGACACCACCAGGGAUGCCUGAUCUGGUGGUUGAACAAGCUUCUGGGAUGUCAGAUUGGUGGAACCCUGCACUCCGAAAACGCAUGCUGAGUGACAGUGGACUGGGAAAGAUGUCACCACACUUUGAUGUCUCUGAGAAGAAAGACUUCAGUCACUCACACAUGUUGCCGUCACCAGUAUCUUCAGAAGAUCAAGCACUUGUGCAGGCUGUCAUAGCUGGAGAUCUGAUGAAGCUCAUAGAAUGCUAUAAGAAUGGAGGCAGCCUACUAAUCCAGGGACCGGAUCACUGUUCACUCCUUCACUACGCAGCUAAAACUGGGAAUGGAGAUAUUGUGAAAUACAUCCUUGACCAUGGUCCUUCUGAGUUGCUGGAUAUGACAGACAGUGAAACGGGAGAGACAGCAUUGCAUAAGGCUGCCUGCCAGAGGAACCGGGCUGUCUGCCAACUCCUGGUGGAUGCAGGGGCAUCUCUGAGAAAGACGGAUUCCAAGGGCAAGACCCCUCAAGACAGAGCCCAGCAGGCUGGGGACCCAGAUCUAGCUUCCUACCUAGAGAGCCGUCAGAGUUACAAGAUCCUUACCCAUGAAGACCUAGAGACUGCAGUUUGACUCAGGUAGAAGGAAAAGAGAACUCUGGUGAGAAUAUCGACAAUGCCCGUUGGCAAUCCGGCAGCUCCUGUAGAAGAAACUGAUGGAAUCAAUGUGUCUAUCUUUAUCAUACAAGAUAUCUAUCUGAGGACAUGCCACCAGUUUCUAAGGGCUACUGAGAUGUACCACGGAAUACAAUGGCCCCCAGGGAAUGAGGCAGGAUCCAUGGAGGUUUGUGGAAGACAUGGUCCACAAAAUUUGAUCCUUAUUGCUUCCAGCAAGUAGCAUGAACUUCUGUGUUCACCUGUAUAAUUUACUUUAAAGUCAGAAAGGAUGUUCCUAUAAAUGGCACUGCUCCCUGUUCCCCUGCUGUGCAGAAUGUUCCCUUACAUCCACACAGACCUACUACUAUAAUCCAUCACUUGGUUUUAAAUUAAAAGGAUGUCUAUUCCCUUAAUAGUCAGGCUUCAAAGCUAAUGUGGCUUUUGGAAGGACAUUUAAGAAGUUCUGGAUGGCCCAUUAAUACACAACUCAGCUUCAGUUCCCUAUGACUAAAUUCAUCUAAAAUAUUUAGUAACUAGGGAGUGUUCUCCCUUUUUUUGCAUGGGUUCCUCUCUUACUUUUUCCAUUUUAUGGGAACUGGGAAGUACCUCAUGGAUGAUGUCAAGUGGUAUCAGAAUUGUGUCCUGCUAAAUCUCUGAGCUAUGAGGUGGCAUGGAAACAUGUGGGUUUCAUUAUGUGGUCAGUGAGCAGGGCUCUGAGGUACCAUGCUAAGGUAUCCAAUGUGGUAGAUUGGGGUUCCUGGUCUCUACCCAUGGCAAGAAAGUAAUGAUUCAGCUUGGGCUUUUUGUAUAGCUGAGUACUGCCUAUGUGUAGCCAUGUUUGCCUUCUGGUGCAAUGAAAUUGAAGGAUGGACAGAACAGAGGCAGUCAGACAGUUGAUACAGCCACCUACUUCUAAGAGCUACAAGAAAAAAGAAAGCAGACAAUCAGAAGUGGAAACUCUGGGAAUAGGGAAUGGAGUAUUGUGGAAGAAUUUAUUUCCAAACAUUUCUGAGAACAGAGAACAGACCUGUUCUGGAAAGGCUUGACAUAAAAUAGUGAAAGAUAAAAUGACAAUUUCUAAGAAGACUCAUUUAAGUAAAAUAGCAAUCAUUGGUCUUCUAACCAAUGUUACUCUAACCUACCAUCUUGGGUACAACUGUAUUAGGGAGCCUCCUCUGGCUUUUAGGGUUUGGCUUUAAUCACUUCAUUUCAAACAAUGUCCCAACAGUGAGAAAAUCCAGAGCCUCUGCACCAUUUAUUUCUCUUCUACUUAGAUAAUUUGGCAAUAUCCAAGGGUUUUUUUUCUGUUUGUAUUUUUACAAUUGACUACAUCUACCACACUGCAUGUCAGGUACCAAAGUUACACUUUAACUAUCUUGGCUCAAUUUUGGAACUAUUAACAACCUAAUUUUCCAUGGAAAAAGAAGUAUUUAUAUCCUCUUUUCUUCUUUCUCUAUCCCACAACCUAUAAUUGGAGAGAUCUUAGGAAGAAAGUGCAUGACAGUUUUGCUUUCAUCAGUGGAGUAUGGCUGUUCCAUCUUUACCACCUCAGCUCAUGUGAUUCUUGUGUGCACAGUUCUCUGUGGGUUUGUAUUAACUAGGAUCUUAGUGCUGAUUGGAGCACAGGAAAAAACCUCUGGCUUUGGGACAAAUGUUCUUGGCUUUGCUUCUGCAGAAGUUGCAAAGAUGGAAUGUUUAUAGUUCCUCUACUGGCUGUGCAAAGUCUUUCCUACUGCCUAGAAGUGACCCUGUCUUAGUCUCCAUCCCAUCCCCUCUCAUUGGACAUGAAUAAAGUGUUUUCCUAGUGUUUCUGCAUGUGAACUUAAAUUUUUGACUUUCUAUUUUUAAUUUAUAGGUCCAGUUGUGAUGCACUGAUCUUCUGCUUAUUUGUAUCACAUUGUGAUGAUGAUGAUAUAUAUAUAUCAAGGAUUUUAAGUACAGAUUAGAUACAGUAUAUAAAAUAGAGGUUAUCCCAAAUUAUUUAGGGAUUCUGUCCACUGUUAUAUAAACCCCAAUCAUUUCUAGUUGCAUCACUGACAUUAUUUCAAUUGAGAGAGAAAAAGGCAGAUUAAGAUGAUCUAUUUCUAUAUAAUCAACCUUCAGAAAAUGAAGUAUCCAUUCAAUUUCUCCUGGGAAGAGGUGAAUGGGAGAGUGUAGUAGAUUAUUUCCAGAAACUAGAGAAAUAGAUUCCAGAAGAAUUUAAUUCCUGGUGCUUCUCUAUUGUAAACAUUUCAAUGAGUAAACCUAUCAUGAAGAGGCUGUGGUGAAAAAUUCAAUCCAGUCAUAAGGCCAUAUUUUAAUCUGGCUUUAAAAGAUGCACUUGACAGUUCAGUUGUUCCUAGAGAUAGAAGUGUUGUGUUUGUGUGUGUGCAUGUAUGUGUGUGUGUGUGUGUGUAGGUCUGUGGUAAUCAGACAACCUUCAUUUAUGAUCCCGAGGGCCUUGAAAUUUUCAUUGAGGUACCCAAAUAGCUCCUAUGUAAGGAAAAGGUACAAGUAACAACAGGCUAUUGACAACAACCCCAAUUGUAGAAGGAAUGAAAUUACUGUUAUAAAGACUGGAAGAACUGUUGACUGUAGGGAGGCCCUGGGGGCAUUUUAGAAACUGUUCUCUAUGCAAAAAAAAGGCCCUACUUAUCUAUCUUAUAUUUGAGGGAGUAUAAGAUCAGGAUUUCUUUUCCCCCCAAAAUUUCCAAACAUACAUGCAAGAAAGCUCCGGUUUUAAUAUGAGCAUAUCAUAGAAUUAACCUUCAGGAGCAUGCUUUGGUUCAUUUCAUUGGUAGAAGUUCUGUAUUGGGAACUGUGACUGCCAUUAUAAAUUGGCACCUUUUCCGCAAUAUGUAAUCUUAGAUAGAGGCAUAUUGUUGAGGUGUUAAAACACUUGUCCAGAAUUGCACAGACAGUAUGUAUCAGAGUCUGACAUUGAAUUCAGGUUUUCUUGACUCCAAAGCCAUCUCUUGACUACACCAUGCUGUCUCUAACCUUUUGUAACAUUUGUUUGUUUGGACAAAUAGGCAUGGCACAGUACCAGAUCCUCUAUCCAUCAAAUGUUAAGAUUCGAGAGCUUACCACUCACUGUUUAAGCAUCAACUUUGUCUAGGUUGGGAUAUGAACCAAGUGAAUGAGCAAAAUAAACUGCACUUCCCUGGAAAUGCAUUUAAAGCUUCAUUUAAAAGACAGAACUAUGAAAAUGACUUUCGCCCAGAAACACAGAGACAAGUCUAUAGGACAGCUACAUAUGUUGGUGAUGUCCCUUUGUGGUUUUUCCUUCUAAGAGUCUUUCCUGUGGUGGCCCUCAUCAGCUCCUAAGUUCCAUUUUUAGCUUGGACUGAUGGAGAAUUGAGAAAUAGGCUGCUUUUGUUCAAACCCAACUUUAUAUAACCUUGAAGUGAUGUUAGUUAUUUUUACAGCUUUUUGUUCCAGUAUUGCACAUUUAAGAAAUAGAACCCAAUGACACUGUGCUUUUUCACAUCUCUGGGGACAUGAUAAAGGCCAGAGCUGAGUGAGUAGGGAGACAAGCAGGAAAUAGAUACAACAAGCAGAGAAUUUCCAACUGAAAGUUGUAUUUACCUACAUAAUGGAUGAAAAGCCUCAAGCAAAAGCCAGCCUUCAAGCUGCUAACUUAACUGGCCACACUGGAGCAAAUUGAAAGUAUCAUUGCUUUAAAACUUUGCCUGAUAACUAGGUUUAGUGCUGAGCCAAAUCUGCUUGUGUUAUGAGAACUUUAACAUGUUAUUUGGACCUGGAAAGGCUAGCUUUGCCUACAGCAUUUCUGUAGCAGUAUUCACUAGAAGCCUUGCAAUACCCAUAUCUGGGGACAUAUGGGAUUUCAGCUGGUACUAAUUUAGAAAAUAAAUGAAAAGUUCAUAAUCAAGCCAAGAUGUUACUAGUGGUGGAUGGCAUUGCCUUGGUUAUGGUCUCAAAGCCAAAUAGCUAAGCUUCUAAUACGUGUGGCUGAAUCAGACUUGCAUACUUUUCCACUCAGUUGUGGCAUUUUAAAUAGAUAUAAAAAUAACUAAUUAUUGCCAUCAUCUAGAACCAUAUAUAGCAUCAUCUAUAUUUAAAUAGAAUAUUAAAAAUUUAGAGCAAGAUAUAGGGAAACAGAAAUACUCAAGUACAAGUUGAUACCUUUCUUGCUAUGCACUGAUUGUUCUGUAUUGCAGUUUAAUCCAAUCUUCAUCUUCCUCAAGCCUGAGCACAACCAAAUCACCCUGAAUCUCUACUUGAAUUUAGAAGUACUUAGGGGUUGUGAACAGCUCGAGCACCCUUAGCUAACUAAUUUUUCUCUGCUUCAAACCUCUUUUCAGGUGAUUUCCCUUCAGUGUUUGAUCUGUCUUCUGUGAGAAUCCCAAAUAGUUGCUUACAAUUUCACAUUUAGAGUCAUGUCUCUUCAUUUCAGCCAAAAUUCUUCAUACUCUUUAAGGGAGGGACAGGUCUCACUGACCUUUGUGAUAUUCUUGGUGAGAUAGAAUGUGCUUGUUAAGCUCUCUUACAUCUUAUCUUAUCCCAUAAUAAAACAGAAAGAUAUCAAAGCUUUAGGAUCCCAUGAUCUUUCUUUCCUCAUUACCAGUUUCUCUAUCACCCAUCUCCUGAGUCUAGUUGCCUGCUCUCAUCAAUCAUUUAUCAAAGUAUACUUUACCAAUAAAUAGAUGACUAAAUUAUCCCAUGAAAACUAUCAUUUACAAAAUCCGAUUUUUCUCAGUCCUCUUAUGCAUGUUACUCUGCUGAACCACGUAAGUUACUAACCAGCUCAGAAUAUAUAUUUUAAAAGCAUAUUUAAAAUAAACACAAUUUCCUAGAGAUAUUUUUCCUUAUAAGUUACAUCAGUACUUUAAUGUCCAAUCAGUUAUCAAUCAACAAAGAUAUGUUGAGUGUCUAUGUGCCAGGCACAAGUUCAAGUGUCAUUUAUCUACAUAUUGUCUUUAGCUAAAUGAAAGCAGUUGUUUUCAGUAUCAAUUACAUUUCACACAAAGGCUUAAUCUGGAUGACUACCUGAUUUGUCAAUAAUAAUCUUUAAUUGUAGCCAGAGCUUCCAAAGAAAACUCAGAGGGAAUAAGGACAGUUUCUUUAACAACAACAAAACAACAAACAACUUCUCAUUCUUCUUACUCCUUAAGUAAGAUAAUCCCCUUUGCUUUAAGAAGAAGAUUGGCUACCAUGUAAUGAAUAUUUUGAGCUAUAAUUAUUAAUUAAAUUAAAAACCACAUCUAACUCUGCCCUUAGAAAUCCCUGUGAUAUUACUAAAUGCUUAUUGAAUUUAAUUGAAUCUCCUCUAACCCCAGAUUAAAUCCAACUCAAGCUGAACUAAUCAACUUGUAAUUGCCAAAUGUCUAAUAUUUAUUAUACCACCAUACCUAGAUACUUCCAGUGAACCAGGAAAAAGUAGAAGUUCUAGUCCCUCUUUCCAUGAGAGAGUUGGGGAGAUUUGACCACACGUAUAAAGAUUCGCUGUUACAAUUAUCAUUGGACAAACAAAGGUUUUCUUGAAGAUGUAGCAUUAUAAUUCCCAACAGCAGUUAAUGAUGAUCAUAUGUCUUUCCUCAAAAUACUUCUGUGGAGCAUAGUAUAACUGAAACUGGGUGCCAUCUGUCAUCAUGUCAUCACCAUAAUACUUCUCUCCCAGGCAACAGCCAUCCUUCUAGCAAGAGUGCACCCUCAAUGAAACUAUCCUUCAAGCUAUACCCUUCUAUGUCUUUCAGGUCACAAUGCUCCUCUCUCUAUACCCUCUUUUCCCCCUAGUAUGUCUGAGGGGAGACUUGAACUCAACUCUUCUUGGUAGCUUUUUAUUCAGUACACCUCACUACCUCUCUAUGAUUGCUAUACAUACUACAAAUGACAAGAGGAGGACAUAACCACAAAGAAUGUAGUAGUCACUGAAAGGAGUGGUCAUUGUACAGUUUCUUAAAGGAUUUGGAUAAGUGAUAUAGAACUAAAAUACUUUAUGGUCUUUGAUACUAAACAAAGAGUAGAACUGACAAGUUAUGAAAUAGGGAGCUCUUGAAUGCUUCUGUGAAAUAAAUCAAGAGAGGUAGACAGGAAUGGGAAAUUAUUCAUACUGGAAACCAUAUAGAACUAAAACAAAGAGAUAAUGAAAUCCUGGGCUGAGGAAGUAGCAUUGAAAAUGGAGAGGAAAAAAUGGAUAUAAGAUAUAUUUCAUUGAAAAAAAUGGAAACCCCAGCAGUAUUCAUGGACAAAUCUUAAGAAGAUGGAGAAAAUAAUGAGUCAAAGAUGCUUGUCUAAGGAUUUAAGCUUAGGUCCCUAUGAUUCUAGUUCCCUCUCAUUCUGUGUCUGUGCACGUGUGCAUGUGUGUAUGUGUGUGUGUGUGUGUGUGUGUGUGUGUGAGAGAGAGAGAGAGAGAGAGAGAGAGAGAGAGAGAGAGAAAGAGAAAGAGAGAGAAAGAGAGAGAGAGGGGUGGGGAGGGGUGGGGCAGAAAGAAAGAGAAACUAAGGAGCAAAUGUUAGUAGAUAACCACAAUCAGAACAUGAAGAGAAAGGAAUAAUACAGAAGAAAAUAGAAUGGUAAACAGAGAAAUAGCAAGAGAAUAAGGAAUAGGAAAGAGGAGGAGGAGGAGGAGGAUAUUCAUUAGAAAUGUCAAAGAAAAUGAGUGUGAAUUCUACUUAUAUUAUAAAAAUCAUCCUAUCAUACCUUAAAACUUGAAUAAUUACCUCCUUCACCAAGCAUUCACACAAACUGCAAAUGUGUUAUUAUUAUUUUUGAACCUCUGAGAGAUCUGUGAUCUCUUUAGUGCAAGCAUUCUCUCCAGUGGUAGAAAUUAUGAUUUAUACACAUCCACUUAUGCUGUGUGAUUUUCAUCCAUCUCUAAUGUUAUUCUAUAACUUCUCCAGAUAGAGCCCACUUAUGUUGGAAGUGUUCCAUUGGCUCUUUUAUUUCAUUAUGUUUAUCAUAUUAUGGGAAGGAAGCCCUGAAAUCCAUUGGAAGUUGGAAGGUUUCUUAAAUUUCCUAAAUGUAUUUUUAAAAAUAGACUAAAAUUGAAUAAAUAUUUCUUCUAGAAUUGACAUCUCCACCACUGGAAGAAGAUCAAGCAUUGAGAAUACUAACAGCUGUUUUGCUGAAUGCAUUAUUCCCCUUCUGCCUUGAUUCACUACAUAAGAAACUGGGUUUCAUAGGAUUGAAAACUAUUUUUAAUGUCUAUUUCAUAUAUUACUAUGGUCAAUAAAUGAACUAUCCACUGCCCAACUCCUUGUUUAUGAGAUACUAUACUCUUAGGAAGAUUGUUCAUUAGAUAAGCAAGAUAUUUUAAUUAAUCUUUUAAAGACUUUCCAGCUUCAUAUGAACUGCUAGUCCCAGGGAUUACUUAACAUUGCAGGUCAAGUAGAUGUCUGCUAUCUCUUUGUCUGUCUGUCUGUCUGUCUGUCUGUCUGUCUAUCUAUCUAUCCACCUACCUACCUACCUACCUACCUACCUACCUACCUACCUACCUCCCUACCUCCCUACCUCCCUACCUCCCUAUUCCUGAUGGUAAGGCAAGAAUGCCCUGCUUUCUUGGUGGCUGAAACAUAAGUAGUUUUACAAAUAUAAAUUUUAAAGUUUUCACUCAUCAACCUGUUAUUUUAAAAAGAAAGAAUGGCCUGUAUCUGAUAUUAUCCUCACUGGAAAGAGGAUUGUAGAGCCAUAUUUUUCAUAAUCAAGGAAAGGAGUUCCAAAAACAGUAGAUAUUUGAUGAUUUGAUUGUCAGGAAUAAUGUAUAGGGAAUUCCUCUUCAGGCAUAGGUUUGAUGACCUCUGAGGAUAAAUUCCAACUCUCAGAUACCUGAGUUCUUUAAAAGCAAUUCUUGUGUGAUCAGAUUGUCUUUGUUUCCCUAAGAGACAAUCCAGUUCUCCACACAUUUAAAAAUUCAGUUAAUGGAGAAGGUAUUAUCUUUUUCUUUAGAGAAAAUUGACUGGGGACAGGGAACAAGAAAUUUUAUUUCAACUCUUCAUCUUAAUAUAUUUUGUAAGAGCCUGAUGGACUUUAAAGGUAAUCCAAUCCAAACAACUUCUAAUCAAGAUAAGGAAAAUGAGGUACACUUACAUUUGGUGAAUCAUCUAAAGUCAUUAGCUAGUUGGAGAGUUAGAACUUGAACUCUCAUCUCUUAAUGAUUAAACCAAAACGACACCAAGUUGAUUUGAUGUUGAUGUUUCUUAUCAAUUUUAUGUUGUUUAUAGAAUAAUUCAUCUCAAAAUAGGAAUUUAAAAGGCCAUAUUUUGACUUCAAUUAUCUUUAGCAUAUGGAAAGGGGUUAGUGCCUUUUUGAAAUUGUUCUCCACUUUUUUGUAUGUACACACAUCAUUCAUGGAGACCAUUUAGCUUUAACCUUUUAAAUCUUCCAUAUUAUAAGAAGGAUGUCCUGAAACCCAGGAGAAAAGGAAAGGAUCCUGAAAAUUGCUCAUUGUACUUUGUAAAAAAUGGCCCAAGAAUGAACUAAAUACUGCUGCUUACAUUGUAUUAUGGGAUGUCCACUCAUACAUGUCUUUGCAAAGCCAGAGAUACAUGUGCAUUGCUCUCUUUCAAUGAUGGAAAUUCCUCGCUUUAUUUUCAGUCUUAAAUUUAAACUUAAUAUGUAAAUAUACAUGAAGUGGUAGAAAAAAUUCAACCUGAAAGGAAUUUGGGGCCAAAAAAUGUAAAUGUGAAAUGGAAAACGCAUUGUAACAUAUGCCAGCAUCAGUCAACAACAAUUCAAUCCAAAUAAAAUCUGAGCAACAGAAACAUACCAUAAAAGGAGAUAUUCCCAUCAAUGCAUUGGUUCAAUCCACAUUUUGUUUUCUCUGAAUAUAAAAGGAUAAAGGAUAGGUACUGGACCUAUGAUUUCAUUGCUUCAGGGUUCUAAAUGCUAUUUACCAAUGUAGGACAGCAUCUUCUCUGCAUUUUCUAGUUCUGUAGAGUUGCCUUUAGAAGUGACAUCAAACACAUAGAAAUUGGGCUACCAAAUGGUACCUAAGGAUUUAUGUAUGUUGUGUGAUGACUUAUAAUGUUAACACAUUGACAUUAUCUGUGUUCUAGUGUUCUUAAAUUAAUUUUGUCAAAUAUUCCCCAAUUAUAUUUUUAUCUGGUCCAGGUCACACUGGACUUGUCUCCAAUGUUCUAUAUGUGAUACCUCUAGCAUAGAGCAAUGGGGGGUUAAGUUAUUUAUUUAGGAGCAUAUCUCCAAAUAUGUCAGAAACAUGGAUCAAAGACAGGACUUCCUGACUUCAAAGCCAACCUUCUAACCACUAAGCCACAUUUCAUACCUCUUACAAGUCUGAAAUAUCUUCUAUAAUGAUCCACAUUCUUAGUUCUAGAGAGCAUGUAUAGCACUGUAACCAUCUACUUAACGAUUCUCAGGAAUUUUUUAGACAUUGGCUGAGUGUUAUUAUGAGAUGAACUACUUCUCUAUUUGUGGUUAAUAAAUUUUUUUGCAUUAGGAUAUUACUUGCCCAAGAUUCCAUGAAUAACUGGUUAAAGCUGAGCAAGAUGGUAGAAUUACUUCUUGUGGAUCAAGGUUACUUACUCUCUGAACAAGAAUAUGUGUCAUCAAAGAUGGAAUGAGAAAGCCAUAUACAAGACACUAAACAAGAGUGCAGGGCAAGAGAUGAUUAAAAUUUUAAUUUGAUUUAUUGAAUCUUCAGCUAGCUCAUAUACUAAAACUCAUCACCUUCACAGGUUUUAGAUUCUCCAUUAGUCCUUUUGGUUAGUUAUUCAUAUCCUGAUCCAUCUCAAAUUGCUGAAGCAAUUAGUUUUUUUUUCCCCUUCCUUAAUGCCACAAAUGUGGAAAGCCACAGGGAUGGUUUUCUUUCUUUUCUUGCUACUCCUAAAGCUCUGAAGCUUGUGCUUUUAUUCACGCCACUAUUUCCCCUAUCCAAUGCAUUUUGCCAAGAAAGCAAACACAAUAUUUCUAGAAAUUAUAACUUUCUGACCACAGAAUUGUCUGCCUUUUGUGAGACACUGAGUUCCUUUGCAAUUACAAAAAGGGGCUAAAUGACCAUUCAAAGAGAUGCUAUAAUUUUUGUUGGACUAGAGGAGAAGAUCCCUUUCACAGCUAUCAAAUUAAAAAUUCUAUGAUUUUAGAAAGGUUUAGAAUUCCAUGAUGAUUUUUUACUUAUACUGCAAGAAUGUAUGAUUUUACUUAUGUGAGCAAUCCUCUCUCUAACACAGAUUUGCUGCCCUUCUAUGCCUUAAUAGACUAUCUUUAUGAGUUUUCAUAACCAGAAACAUUUUUCUGAAAACAAACCUCCUAUAUGUGAUGAUGAAACAUUAGAAUAGAAUUUUAGAGGAGGAGAUAAUGAUGGUAACAAAGUUUUUAGUGCCUAGAAUUUUAGAACUAGAAGAUAUUUCAGAAAUCAUCUAGUCCAUCUCUCAUUUUAUGGGCUAGUAAUUAAAGGCUCAGAGAGAUGAAGACAUUGCUCAAAGGUCUGACAGAUAGUUAAUAAAGUAACUGAUAUUAGAAUUUAGUGACCCUGAACUCCCAUGUAAAGUGAUAAAAGUAUAAGAUUACAAUUAUUUCAGUUCCACUAAAUAUUUCACCAAAUGUCCAGAAAAAACAUUUCACAGGAUCCACAAAACUUGAAUUGAUUCUCUCAUCAUAUAGCGACUCUAUCUAGAUAUUUUCCAAUGCCACUCAUUUCUACUCCUAGCCAUUAAUUCAAUCCUCUACUCUUUAUACUUUGAUAUAAAUCAUAACAUUUGAAAAGGUAGUCAUUGAUGCAAAGCCUGAAAGGGGAAAAAGAGAAAUUACAACUGCAUCACCAAUGUCUACGGUUCAAUACUUUGGGGAUGCUGGAGGAGAUGGUAAGAAGGUUAAAGCAAUUAAAGACAUCAGAAGAGUGGGAAUAGAAAAGAACUUUACCUCCCCUACCUUCUUGCCUACUCCAUCAAUUUUGUUUAUGCCAUCCAUACACUCACCCACAUAUAUUACACAGGCACUAUAAUCAACAAUUUCAGAUUCUUAUGGAGUCUAAGCUCAAAAUCACAUAGAAAGGAAGUUGAGUCUAACAUAUUUCUCAUUAUCCCUCUGCCUGGUUUGCCUUAGUCCACAAGCAGAUGCUCACUUAUUUACCAGAGCUAACAUUGAAUCAUGUUGCUCAUAGAACUCAUCAAUGCAGCUCUGGGUAAUUUCCUAGGAAAGAGAGUCUCUGUUAAUAAUACAGCUCCACAACAUUGCCUCAUGUUGUACAGUUCCUGGAAUGUGGAACUGAAUUUUGAUCAUGAGAUUAAUGCAAGUCCAAAUUCAAGUUAAAGAAGGCAAUCUUAAAGCUCAAGUAAGAAUGCAAGGAACAAGGAGAAAUUGAGAAUUUGAAUAAUACAUGAAUGAAGAUAAGGCCAUAACCAAGCAAAGUCUUUAUUUAUUUAUUUAUUUUUUUGCUAUUCUCGUUGUCUUUGUCUCUUUUUCUCUCCUCUUUAAGAAAAGAGGGACACAGAAAGAUAUUGGGCCCCUCAAAAAAGAUAUGUUGAAUUUGAUUGUCUGUGAAUAAAAUUUUAUGGCCAUCUAAAAUUCUCAGGCUUUUUUUCAACAACUUCAUUCUGAAAGAGUACAUCUGUAUCAGACAUUGCAAUGAUAUCUAUACAGGGCUCUUUCAUGUUUUCUGAUCCUACUGUCUCACCCCCUUUUAGUCAUGUCAUUACAAGGCUGCCAGCUGGUAGGUAGAAUCCAAAGAAGGUAGCAAGGAAGGAAUAACCUAUUCCAGAACAAAAGCAAGCAAACAAACAAGCCUCUCCAAGAAUUUAUGAAAACUGCAAGAGAGAAAGGGGAUGGGAUAAAGCAGGUGAAGGAGAGUGGAUUUUUUUUUUGUAUCAGAGUCAUAAACUAUUUUCUUCCCUAAUUUUAUUGCAUUUCCUCUUUAUACAAAGUAUCUUGAUCACUGUGUUGAUGAACAAAGGUUUUAAAUUUAACUCGAUUGGGGGACUGAAUAAUCUCUAAACAAGGAAACAACUGGCUCUCGUUCCUUUUGGAAACUUGUGUAUUGUGACUUGUGGAAAUGUAUAAAAUAAAAAUGAAACACAACUA